UUGAACUUUUGCUCAGAAACUUAAUUCCAUGGAGCUUUCAUCAUUCUGCAGCUUCUCAAUCUUCCUCCUGUUUCUAUUCCUUCAAUCCUCAAACUGCCAACAAGAAUAUAUAAGACAACUGUCGACCGACUGCGGACAAAAUUCUUCUAUAUCAAAAGGGUAUGUUUGCAAUGGUAAUCAAAUUCCAUGCCAAUCCUUUUUAACCUUGUUUUCCCGUCCACCCUAUGACUCCCCCAUCACCAUUUCUUCUCUUUUAGAUUCAGAAGCCUCCAGCAUAGCCUUGAUCAACAACGUAUCAUCCAUAUUCACAUUUCCCUUAGAGAAAAGGAUCGUCGUUCCUGUUUCUUGUUCAUGUGCUCGUGGCAUCUUUCAGCAUAAUGCUUCUUAUUUUAUUCAAUAUCUCGAGACAGUUUUUACAGUAGCCAAUAAUACUUACCAAGGCCUUACUACUUGUCAGGCAAUUCUGGAUCAAAACCCAUUUUUAUCUCCCAAAUAUCUUGACAUAGGAUCGUAUUUUAAGGUUCCACUGAGAUGUGCAUGCCCCAGUUCAAAUCAAAUGGCAAAAGGGGUGAUCUCCUUGCUGGUGUAUACAGUAACAUGGGGGGAUACGGUUCAAUCGAUUGCAAAUAGUUUUGGGGUCGAUGAAGCAAGCUUGCUGGAGGCCAACAAGUUGUCACAGGAGAGCACACUCUAUCCCUUUACACCUCUCCUGGUUCCACUUACAAACGAGAAUCGUUUGACAAAUGGAAAAUCAGCAAAUCAAGGAAAUUCAACAAAUGUAGGGAACUUCUCUUGCCUCUAUCCCAAUGGAUCUGUUCAAGUUGGAGAAAAAGAUAUCUAUUGCAGAGCACAAAAUAAAAAGUUCCCAGCUAAACUGGUUGCAUUAUUAGGUGUGGGCAUCGGCUUGGGGCUGCUUUGUUUUUUUGUUUUCGCCUACAAGCUAUAUCAAUUCUUGAAGAAACGAAGAAGCAGAAUUCAAAAAGCCAGAUUGUUCGUGCAAAAUGGUGGCUUGAUGUUGCAACAGCGACUCUCAUCUUAUGGAAGCAGUGAAAAGACCAAACUAUUUACUGCAGAGGAGCUGCAGAGAGCAACCGACAACUACAACAAGAGCAGAUUUCUUGGUCAAGGAGGCUUUGGUACUGUUUACAAAGGAAUGUUACCAGAUGGUACCAUUGUUGCUGUGAAGAGAUCAAAAACAAUUGACAGAAGAGAAAUUGAACAAUUCAUAAACGAAGUUGUCAUUCUAUCACAGAUAAAUCAUCGAAACAUAGUGAAGUUUCUAGGGUGUUGUUUAGAAAGUGAGUUUCCAUUACUGGUUUAUGAGUUCAUUUCUAAUGGAACUCUCUCCCAACACAUUCAUGUGCAAGAUCAAGAAUCAUCACUUCCAUGGGAAGAUCGUUUCAGAAUUGCAGGUGAAGUAGCUGGAGCAGUAGCUUACAUGCAUUCUGCAGCUUCAGUUCCAAUUUUCCAUAGAGAUAUCAAAUCUUCAAACAUACUCCUAGAUGAAAAAUACAGUGCAAAAGUAUCAGAUUUUGGGACUUCAAGAUUAAUCUCAUAUGACAAAACCCACAUAACCACAAUAGUUCAGGGGACAUUUGGAUACUUGGAUCCUGAAUACUUCUACACAAGCCAAUUCACUGAGAAAAGUGAUGUGUACAGCUUUGGGGUCGUGCUGAUAGAGCUCUUGAGUGGAGAAAAACCCAUCUCUUCUACUAGAGCUGAGGAUGAGAAAAAUCUUGUGGCUCAUUUCAUUUCAUUGGCAGAGGAGAAUAGCCUGGAGAAAAUUUUAGAUCCUCGUGUUGCAAGAGAAGCAAGUGCAGAGGUUGUUCAUGCAGUUGCAAAGCUUGCCAUGAAUUGUGUGAGAUCUAAUGCUAAGAAUAGACCUUCAAUGAGGGAGGUAGCAAUGGAACUGGAUGGAAUGAUCAAAUCACAACACUGCUUAGAGAUUAUUGACCAAGAAAAUCUGGUGGGAGAUGAAGAGGACGAUAGUACUAGUGAAACAGACAGCAAAUUGGGAGAAGACGAUAUUGCCUUUUCCAAAGAGACGGGAACUGUCUCCAUAUAGAUAUUGACUAUCCCAAAUUGCCUGGAGGAUCAUAUUAAGGGAUGUUCUAAAGAAAGACACAGGUGGUUACAAAAAGGUUGUUGCAGCAUUCGGAGAGGAUAUCUUAGAAGCUAAUGGAGAAGUGGAUAGGCCAAAACUCGGUCAGAUAGUAUUCUCUGAUCCUGCAAAACGUCAACUUCUUAAUCGGUACUGAUAGUUGUGGUGCUUGUGUGUUUUUAAUGGAAAAUGUAAUUAAGCAUCUCAAUUUUUCAUUUUACCAUGUUGGGUCUGUGUUUCUUAGUAUUGUUACCUUCAAAUGCUACGGGAGGAAAAUAUGUUAAAUUCAUGGAUAAUUCCCUUUAAUUUGGUCGUUAUGCCUAUGGCAAAUUAAUAUCAUUUGUAUGACCUUGAUGCUACGGGAGCAAUAUUGAUUUUGCCUUAAUCUUUCUAGCA